CCGCGAAGAGUCUGUCUGGACAGCUCGACCGCUCUCCACAUCCUACCUCUACAUUACGUGUGUCUCUACUAAUGUUGAAAGCCACGCUCAGGAAGACUCGUCGAUUUGUCAACGAUGUGGUCCACCCACGUCCCGUACGUGCCUUUCUUCCGGUGGCCUCGACUAGAACAACCGUCUCUGACGUGAUCUGAUGCUUUAGACACCUGUAUUUCCCAGAUCUCUUCAUCGAGACUGUCGCAUCAAUACAGGCGCACGAUAUGCUCUAGCCAGCCGUAGAAGGCCCGCCGUUAACGGGCAGAGGAGGAUCAGGUCACCCAUCUCCUUCAGUAUGGCCAGAGGCCGGAGUAAGGAGGUCUCCAUGUCGACGCCGGUUGUCACAUCAGAUAUUUCUGCACCUAUCUCCGAUAUCCGGAGUCCAACCGUGCAUGAACCAUCUUCCUCGCAGAAAUCUCUUCGAUCAUACCGCACGAUGAAGCACCGGUCCAUUAGCGACACCGUUGUUGUCAUGGAGCAGCGUCGACGAGAGCAUAGUGCGCUUGGCAGUGAGUCCCCAGCGGGCAGGCAGCUUCGUAGAAUGGGCAGGAUAGUAUCAUGUCCCGCUGGUGACCCGAGAAGUCCCGUCCCUCAGCUUUCGAAUCAGUUUCCAGGAGAGUGCCGGAGGCGCAGUGUUUCUGACUCCUAUUGGAACUUGCGAGCGAGAGAUCCAAAUUCUAGCAGCACAGAUUCAAGCAGGAGCAGCACAAGCACCAGCUCGUCGCUAUACGUUACAGCGCGUUCUGCAUUCACUGAGCCGACCGAAGUGGAGGAAUACCACACGAUACUGCAAGUGCUGGACAAUGACACCGGCGCGCUCUUCGACAAGGUGUUUCAGGGCACAGGCGGAGAGGUCACUCCAACUCGGCUUGGCGAAGAGAUAGUCCAGCAGCAACUUGAAGAUGCAUUCUGCCUCGUGGUCCCUUCGAUUCGCCUCGUUCGACGUUCUAACGAGCAAGCGAAUCCUAUUGGACCUGGAACGAUCCCGUCAUUCAUGCUGACUAUGCCGACACCACAGCUGCCAUCGUCGCCCAUUUUCAUGCCUCAGUCUCCCGUCACCAUUUCCAAGUUCGUGCAAGCGUCCUCCAUUCCCGGCACCUCCUCACGACCUCCAAUUCCUUCCAUCCCCAUCUGCGAAGCAUGCAUGAUCCCGCAGGAGAUGCACCAGCAAUGUUAUUCCUGCGAGCAGCAGUGGCUCGCGUGCAAAGUGUGGUAUCAAGCGAGUGACGGCGGUAGGCGGCAGAGGCUGACCGAGCCAUACAUCCGCCCCGCGGAGAGUAAUGCAGCGAACCGAGCACUAAUUGAAAUGCUGGGCGCCCCCAUCGGGACGAGUACGGCUGGCGUGGGACUAGGAAUCGGAGCAUCGCCGGAGGCGGUCGUGAGCAAGAGCAGGUUCAGAAGGCUCGCGCCGCUGCUGGCGCUGGCGACGGCGGAUUCAACCAGUACUCUUGGGCUCGGUAAGAAUGUUCUCCGUGCAGACGGACGUGCGAAGUCGGCUCUCAGGAAACUUGGGCUGCCUGUGUACUCGUCUCUCAAGAAUGUCUGGACAAAGACAACAAACGGACUGGCUAGUCGUGCUCGACAGGCUCCUGCACGAUUCUUCAAGGCCCUCUUGUUGCCGGUGCGCCCCAGGACGACGGCUUCUUGCUCGCAAGGAUUGGCUACUCAGCAAAGCUCUUUGUGGAACUUGAACGCACUUCUCGGUCUGGCGCUAGCAGCCCCGCUACCAUUGGCGAUCGCAUCUAACUCGCGGUUCGUUGAGCAUCUUGAAACACCUGGCACUUUCUAGGAUACGCUGAGCCUCUUGGGAUGCGCUUUCACGCGGUUCCCGUUCGUUCGGUGCCUUCCUUCCUCGGGGAGUCCCGUAGCCGUGG